AUUCAGAGUGAUCUGAUCGUCAAUCGCUUAUACCAGUACAAUUAGCAGAUACUUUUAUUCGUACAGUACUUACAAAUGUCGAAUAGCUGAUGAUAUUUAACGGCAUCAGUCAAUUAGCUUCGAUGCCCAUUGGUCAACGACGACGACAGCGCCGUGUCGUACGCUGUGACAGCGCCAAUGCCCCCAAUUGAUCAAAAUUCGUUAUAAAGACGGCAGUGUGGAGAGUCCGAUACCGAGACAACAGAAAUUGUCUCGGACUGUGAGACGACGGCAGUGAAACUCGCUCGGAGGUCGAACGGUUGUUUUUGGUAAAUAAUCAUUGCACUCGUUGCUUGGCUGGCUGUGUCAGAGGCGUGUGCCCUUGCAGCUGCGCUGGCUGCGCCUCGCACAAGGCUGGCUGCGGUAGUAGUGACUGCGGAGGUGUCACGGUGAUGAUUUCAGAUCGACGAGUUACAACGCGUGUUCGUAGUACUGUGUAGUUAUGAGCUCCGAGGAACUGAACUCUUCUCUUUCUGAUGACGUGGACGAACUGCGUUGUUCCCAAGUGGUGGGAACACUUUGCUUUUCUGACGCUGCAGAUGACACGGGGGAGUGUUUCGUCUCGUCGACAUCGAGAACCAUUCGCUCGUGGUCAAAGACUUCACAGCCAAACACCUUGAUGGCCUCAGCAGGUGAUCCUCCAUCCAGAGUAGGACCUCAACAGGUGGUCUUUGAGAUUGUGUCUGCCAAAACAGUCGUUGAAGGACGUAAGAAGUUCGUGUGCUACACAGUGCUUGUGAAAAAGAGUCCUGGACUGGAGAGACUUCCAGGGGUCCUGGAGCGUCGCUACUCUGAUUUUUCGGCCCUGUUUGCGGGUCUGCGUCGCCGUCACCCAUCAUGCGUGGCUCUGCGUGACUUCCCUUUCCCCCGCAAAGCCCUGCUGGGAAAUUUUACUACCGAGGUGAUAACAGAACGUAGUUUGGCCUUUCGCCACCUGCUGUCCCGUGUCCAUGCAUCGCCGGAGUUACGUCGGUCACCAGAGUUUGCAGAAUUCACAUGGCGCCGGGAAGUGUGCCGUGCUCAUCGGCUGAUGACUGCUGGCCAGUUUGAAGAUGCCUCUGUCUUGCUUGAAAAUGCUUACUCCGUGCAAGAGAAAGUUCUUGGAGAUGGCGACCCGGACACAUUCACCACCUUGGCGGUGCUCACAGCUUGCCUGAAUGCAGUGGACAAUGUGGCUGAGGCACAGAAAUAUGCUGAGCUGGCCCUGUCCAAGCGGCUGCCUGGCGGCACUGUGUCAAAUCCCAGCGACCUAGAGGUGCCAUUACUUGUGCUGGCAAUUCGACUUUGGUGGGCGGUGGGAAAGGAGAAGCGCGAGCUGGAGGAGCGACUGCGCCAGGUGAAGGACACGGGAGUCAAUGUGGAUGCUCUGCCGACACUGCUUGAGCUGGUACUCAAGAAGGAUAGUGCUACCUUGUAUUCAUCCUAACAUGAUAGACUACCAGCACUUGCUCCUCACAGGCUGUGUUGCCCACCACUCUGUGCGGCUGCAGGCCUUUGGGAUUUUGCAGCUCUUCUUUUCUCAUCUGUGGAUGAGGUCAGUAAUUCCUUGUCCGUGUGCAAAAGGUUUUGAUGACAGUAGCUACAGUCUUCAUAGGCUAAGUAGAUGCAACUGGACAUCACUUACUUCAUGUGACUUCUGUGACCUGGAAUCUUGAAGCCUGCGACAAUGGGAGGCUUUGGGACUCUUAACAGCCUUUAAUUUUGUGGGAGUUUCAAGAAGCAUCUGCAGUUACAUCUUGUGUGAAAGUUAAAAUGUGAAGUGUGAAUUCAACAAGGAUUUGUGAAGUUUGAAUUAUUGCUUCAAUUUUCUCAUUGAAUCUUUCGGCUACAUUUUUAGUCAUUGCCAUGAAGGGGUUCUGCUGUGCCUCUCAGUGGUACAGCUUUCUAUGCUUUUUUCUGCUCUCCUAUUUUGUCAUGGCAUAAUCAUGCCUGAUGCAGCACAUUACAUGCCCGUUAUACUUGGCCAGUUGUGCACAACUGUGCGACACCUUUUGUUUCUUCCUGAUUUGUCUGCAUGUGAAUGUUUUUUGCCCAACCAUUCAAAGAAACCUUCCAGUGGUGGUGCCUUGGUGAUUGACUAAAUCAGGGAUAAGGUGAAUCGGGGUGUUUCAGAGCACUUUUAAGAGCACUAAAUGCCAUUGCAUUUGCAAGAAGAAUAUGGCACACUAAACAAGGCUUGGAUCGGAAAAUUAAGAUAGAGUACAUAUCUGUGUCUCAGAUGCGCCUGUGUCCAGCUGACUUUCCAUAUGUGGCAGGUAAGUAAGCACUUAAAUGCAUGUCACAGGCUUUUCCUUGUUGACAAUCCUGAAAUUGCUUGUGCUAUUGUUUUCAAAUGGCCAUUUGAAUAUGAAAUUUAAGGUGUCUUCAAUGUAGCAGGGAAGAAGUUUGGGCGUGUUGGUGGGAUGCAUUCAGACUGGGAUACAUAGCGCAAAAAAUUUCACAGGGACAAGCAGAACACAGCUUCCCGCUAUUCGAACGAACCGUUGUUGUCUAU